UUGUUUUUGGAAGGUGCGAAGAAGCCAGACAACCCAGAGGAAACCCAUGUGGGGAUGAGGAGAACAUGCGGACAAACUCCAAACAGACAGUAAAAUUUGGAUCAAACCAGGAACCCUAGAGCAGUGAGGUGGCAACACUACCUGCUGUGCCAACUUGCCAACUGAGUGUGAUAUAGUUCAGUUUGUAAAAAUAAAAUGGUUCAUGUGAAAUCAGGCUUCAUACUACUCAUACUAAAACUGACUUGUUUAGCUGUGAGAAAUGACGAGCUGAAGAAGUUAACAAAAAUGUCUCUAGAAUAAUACUCUCAUGAUGGCCUGAAGCCUUCAAAAUGCAAAUAAUAAGGCACGAAUAAGAUUAAUAGGCAGUUAGAUAGAGAGUAUUUUAAAAUAUUAGCACCCCACUGUUAUAAAUAAAUAAAUAAAUAAAUAUAAGUACAGUUUGAGAUUAAAGUGUUGGUAUUGGAUUAUCAUGUCAUGUAAAAACAAAAAAACUACAGAAUGGAUAUGAAUCGUAGUGUAUUAUAUUCCAGUGCUGUAAUCAGAAAUAUAGAAAGUGUAAUAACAUGAUUAUAGAGAAAAGGAUUUGGUAGUUUGGAGCUGUGAAGUGUGAACGUGUUUAAACUGCAGUAGGCUGGUCAGUCUGAGGAAAGAGCUUGGAAGAGAGGGUGUUUGCUGCAGGAGAGGUAAGGCCUUAAAAUCCAACCUUGGUUAUUACUUUCACAGUACUGUGUUUCUCCUGCUGUCAGACAGGCUACGCAUUCAUAAUGCGUUAAGAAAUCAAGAAUAACAUAAAAAAAUGGUGUCUUUAUGUAGCUUAGCAGCUGUUUUUAUUGUGAUUAUUGUUAGGCCUACCAGUACUGGCCUGCUAUUUUGUGUAUAAUGGGUGUUUUUAAAGGUGUGCGAGAAUGUAUCUGCAUUGUAGUAUGAUUCGGUGCUUCAGUGUAAACGUUUCCACAAACUUCGAACCUUGCAUUUUUGUCGAAUAAUUUGUAAGGUAACUUUACCAACAAAGAGCUCCAGGCACGCAUGCGUUUCCCUGGGCCGAAAGUGAAGGCGGGACGAUAUGACGUAGAACGUAAGGUUUUCAGGAAGUACUUUCCAAGUCGCGAUGCCAUUGGCUACUCGCUUACUGGGUUCCCCUUCAAACGCGCACGCCUGUGGCAUUCGAAACGUUUGGUUGGCUGUAGGACCUGUCGGUCAUCCGGUGAAAACAGGCGGGUCUUGGUUGAGUCUCGAUGUCCACUGCGGUGUCCAAAGGGAAAACCACAACUUUGAUUGAAACGGUUGCUGCACCCGCGUUAUUACUUCGCUCAAACACGAAAGUGGACUGAUAGAGGAGGAUGGAAAUGAGUUGUUUGUUUGCUCAGUAAUACAUUAUUUGUUGGGUUAGCAUCACAUGCUAGCGCAUCAGCGGCAUCUCACGAGCAGCAUAUCUAGGCAGGCUAGUUAGCCAGGAAGCUAGUUUCCCUUCGCGAUGAUUGCCAACUGAGCGCUAUUGUGUUUUACUAGUAAGCUAAGCGUUUCUGAAUAUACUAGAUCUUGUUGUUUCGGUGUGGCAGCGGUCUGGUCGGGUCUAGUCGGUGUUUCUUCGUUUUCUUCUCUCAUUUUCUAAAAGACUGAGUCUGACGAAGGCUUGCUGGAGUCUGACGAAGGGGCAUCAAGCUAAGCUAACAAGCCAAAAAAUAGCUGUAACCUGUGUGUACCUCGUGUUCAUUCAGGUCAAGGCUAUAAUAAUUUGUAAAAAAAAAAAAAAAAAGUUUAGAUAUGGACACAAGUUUUAGUCUGAGGGCUCGUAAUCUCGUGUUAGUCUGCACAUAGAUGUAGCUAGCAGCUGCUUUCGGUUGUGGACGUCUUUCACCGCGCAGGUAUCGUUAGCCUUCGCUAACAGCCUGAAAACUCCCGAGAUGCGCAAAUAAAAGCGUCGGGUUUCAUACAACUUGCUCUGGCUGCUUUAAGACGUCCAACGAUGUAGUUUUAUAGCAGAGAAACUCUAGGCGGUACUGGACGAACUCGGACAUUAAGUGAGCACCGUGAAGAACCAAGCAAUGAUGGCGCAAGAGAAGAUGGAGCUGGACUUGGACAUGCCGUCGGCUCUGCUUCAGGGAGACGGACACUUGAGGCGAUCCAACAGCGAGCCUAUGAUAAACGGAUUAAGUGACAACUCUCAGGUUUUCCAACGAGAGAUUCUACGCAGCAGACGAAACAGCACAACUCUUGUUAAUCGGCCGAACAUGGUUCCAUCGUCCCCGGUUCGCAUCCCUAGCACCAGGCUUGAAAGAAUCAAACAGGAGGAAGGGGUUGAUGUGAUGAACAGGGAAACAGCUCAUGAACGGGAGGUGCAGGCAGCCAUGCAGAUGAGCCAGUCUUGGGAGGAAAGUCUUAGCCUGAGUGACAACGACUUUGAGAAGUCUACAUCAUCAUCCCCGAAGCGUAUUGAUUUUGUGCCGGUGUCUCCAGCUCCAUCUCCCACUAGAGGAAUUGGGAAGAAGCAGUGCUUCUCUCCGUCUCUGCAAAUCUUGGUGAGCAGUAAUGGUCUAACUCCCAGCCCCAUCCCCAGCCCAACACGUCGUUUCAGGAGGAGUCAGAGCCCCAUUAACUGCAUUAGACCCAGCAUUUUGGGACCUAUCAAACGGAAAGUUUCAGGCGAGAUGGAAGCAGAGAGCCAGCCAAAGAGACUUUUCCAGGGUACCACCACCAUGUUGUCCACAGAGACGGCUCACCUGCCUGAACUCAGCUCAUGUUUAUCCCCUGACCUGCUUGAUGGAAGCCUCAGCAGUGUUGGCUCCUCUUCAGGUUCUCCAGCUAAGAUGGAAGGGGUUUCACCCUCCUCGAGUAACUCUCCCUUCAUCCACCUCCCGGAUCUUUCACCUAAGUGAUCGACAUAUAUAUUACAAGACGGGCCACACGAAUGAGCCUCUAGAGUUUCUUGUGCUUCUGUUCCAUGCCUUCCCAAUCGUGCUUUUGUUCUCAUCUUUGAAGCCAAAGCCCUGCGGGUAUUUUUUCUUGUCUGGACUUUACUAUUGGGGUGUGAAAGACGGUGAAUGCUGUUUGCACCAGCUGCUAUAUAAAGGUGUAAUAUAUGGGGUGAGGCUCCAUAAUGAAAUGAACAGCAUUUUUCGAGCCCUGCAGUUUCUGUAUGAAUUUGUGUUCUUGUAGCUCUCUUAAAUUAGUGGAAUGCUAAUAUAAAUAUAAGGCUCUUGGAGAGCGAAGCGUCCCCUCUUGCAACAAUACUGCUCGAUUGCCUGUGACUGGGCUUAUUACUAUAAGUCUUUGACACAAGCAGAUUGCCAACAGGUGUUGUGUGAAAGAAUUUAACUUAUUUUUUUGGUUCCAGCUUUGUUUCGUUUUCUUUGUAAGUAUGUAUAUACAUUGUGAUGGCUAUUAGCUUGUCGUUUGUAAUCUGUAUAGGGGUGAAUGUGUGCACAGUGCUCGAGCACUUAACUGACAAUUGGGUGUGAUUGCGCUUGCAUACAUUUACAGCAGAGUUUGGUCAAGUGUAUAAGGAUCAGCCUUUCAUUAUUGGUGUAGAUGGAAGGAGGCGGCACCACCAUUGACGAGUGCCUCGUUAUCACUCUUAGUGCUUCAUUAAGUUUUUCUAAUGGAGUUAAUGGUUGUCGUCAGCUAUUUAGGAAACGGAGGAAAUGUUGGUUGAAUGCAAUAUUAAUGGGGAUGUGUACCACUAAAUCCAGGAUUUGAACACUAAAACACAUUCAACAGCCUGAGUUGCAAUUUGUCUUGAGGUCUACCACCCUCGGGCAUGGUCUAGCCUUGUCAGCUUUCGAGAAGUGAUCCGCCUCACUGCAGUGUGUUUUACAGUCCUUUAAACGCCGUGGCUUCACCCUUAUUCAUUUGUCUUUGGAAUAUCACUGUGUGACAGUACAAAGCUUAAACAACAGAGUUUUUGGUGUUUGAAUGCCUCCUUUUUUAUUUUAUUUUAUUUUUUUUUUUGCUGCAUGGGGUGAACUACUGCAAACCACUGUCAAAGGAAUUUUCGAGAUAAAUUCCUGGAGCAGUUUGGAUAAAUAGAAGAAUAGAAACAGCUGCUGAUGGAGACGUUUGAACGUGGAAUAGGAGGAAGGUCAUCUACUGAUUUCAUGAAAGUAGUGUGCCAUUAAAGGUCUGUAAAUAAGAGAGAUGUAAAAUCUUACUUGUGUAAGUUGUUAUUCAUUUGUGUUUUUGUUAUUUUAGUAAAUAUUUUUUUUUUGUAAAUUGUUUUAUGAAUUAGUUUCCUUUAAAAAAAAAAAAGAAAAAAAAAGAAAGAAAAUACUAUUUCCUCAGAGCAUGAUGCAUCAUAAAUGUUUUGUUUUUAUUUGCAAGCAAGAAAAUGAUUGUAAAUUGUUUUUCAUGGAAAUUAAAUUAAGUGUAGUUUAUUGCUCCAUAUUAGAAAUAUGGCUGAGGCAAAACUGCACUGUACAUCCUUUCUCUGAAUGUGUUUUGUUGCAAGGAGAG